AUGUAUCGUACCAAGAACUUGCAUGGUAAUUUAAAAUUCACCUUGGUAAGUGGGCCAAAAAAUGCAAAAAAAGUGAUGACAAUUUUGAUUUUUAUACUGUUUUUUAAGUUUAAAACGUAUUGUAAGAAAGGGGGGAGAGGGGGGGGUAAACAAGAGUAAAUGUUUUUAAAGUUUUCAACUUAAAAAUCACUAUAACACACCAUUACAGAUUUUCUUAUCAAUAAUUCUCCGACUAACCACAAUAACUAGAGCAAUACCAGACCUAGCUUACUACAUCAAGCCGACCGCAUUAAUCACCUACUAUACGUGUCGAAUAAUGAGUAUAUCCAACCUACUUAUUGUUGGCUUUGUUCAACUUUGCUUUGCCAUACUAGUGAUUGAAAGAACAUUUGCAACAAUAUACCAUAGUAGUUAUGAGCUAUGGGGUAACAAACUUGCCAAAACAUUAGUUGGUUUACUCACUAUUAAUGCUGUAUUGUUUUGUACGAUUGCGUUGGUGCUAAAUAGUACGGAAAUUGUUAAACCACAGCCGAAUUUUAACACUUGUGUUAUUUUUUACAGCACACCGCAGUUUUUCAUGUAUACGUAAGUUUUUUGAGAAGUUGAAGUUCAAACAGAGGUGGAAGUAAUGCUAGUCGCUUCUUAAAUUAAUUUAGUGUAAGCUGAAGUAAAAUAAACGAUAAAAUUGUAGUUCAACAUCAGGGCUGGGCGAAAAUUUCGUUUCGUGUUUCGUUUCGCGCGAAAGAGCCAUUUUCGUUUCGUUUCGUGUUUCGCGAAACAAUUUUUGUUUCGGAAACGAAACAAAAAAAAAUAUUUCUCAACCCGAAAACCAACAAAUAUUAAAAAUGUUUGGCAUUCUGUUUUAUACUGUUGAAAAUUGUUUUUAUUUUAAUUUUAAACAUAUUUUGGCAUAAACAAAUGUCGAAAAGGUCGAAGUACGAUCCCUUUUUUAACGAAGGAGUCUGUAUAACAUGUAAGGCAAAAGUGCGAAACACAACAAAUCAUUCCUCAACUAGCUCUUUCCGGUACCAUUAAAUACAGAAACACCCGGACGUAUGGAAAGAAAUUGAAGCAGACGGUGCACCAGCAAAGAAAGAGCGUAAUAUUCUGGAUAAUGUAAGUCUUUCGAAACAAGUAUUUCGGUUUAUAGGAAAGAUUACAUUCUUUUUGUAAUAAAGCAGAUCAAAAAGAUUUUUUAAUUUAUUUUUUGUUUGUUUUACAGUCUAAAUUAUUUAGUAUGUAUUUAGUGGGUCCAACUUCCGCAAAUUCAAAAAUCUUCAUCUCAGCCCACAAUUAAAUCGGUUUUUCAAAGCUUGGCCGAAUGGAGUAAAGAAGACCCUCGUUACAAGAAAUGCGAAAAAGCAGUUGCCCAAUACCUGAUAGGAACCGCACAACCAUUAAGCACCGUCGACAAUGAGCUGUUUAUCGAAAUGUUAAACACGCUUAAUCCUAAUUUUACUAUCAGGUAGAUAUUUAAUUUCAUUACCAUUAUGUUUUCAGAAAACAAAAACAUUUUUCAAAUGUUGUAAUCCCAAAAAUGGUUAGUGAUACCACGACAUACAUUAUAAACGAACUCAAAGACUCAACGAACAUUACAAUCGCUAUUGAUGAAUGGACGGACAAAUCUAUAAAAUACUCUUUGUUUGGGCUGGUUAUCUACUACAUGACAAAAGAAUUUAAAUUACAAUAUUUUGUCAUAAGAUGCUCGCCAAUCAAAGCUAAAAAAGCGGUCGAUAUUUGCGUAAGUUUUUAAAUUUGUUAUAACCAUUUAAAACUUAAAUUUAAUAAUCACAAGAUUACGAAUGUAGUUUUAAAGCUUUAAUGUUUUAUAACAAUAUGAUUCAGGACAGUAUCACCGAUGUUCUACAGAUGUUUAAAAUUGACGACACGAAAAUCAAAUUGAUACUUCGCGACGGAGCAUCAGCAGUAAAAAAGGCUUGCGACACAAUGGGAAAACCAUCGUUUCACUGCUUCGCGCACCGCCUAAACUUAGUGAGUUUUAGAAGUUAAAAAUUACCAAUUAUUACAAAUUAAACUACAAGACCUUUUUAUCUACUUCAGGCAUGCCAAAAUGCCAUCGAGAAAGCCGAGUUAAAGCCUUGUUUUGAGAAAAUCAGACGUGCUGUUAAAAAAAAUAAGGAAAUCUUGCAUCCUCCAAGAAUUGUUUAG